AUGACCUCCUUUAUUACCACGAUCCAGUCCAAGUUGGGCUAUUCCUCCCAGAAGGCUCUCCUCCUCGGCGCUGGAUUUGUUACAAAGCCCACAGUUCAGAUUCUCGCCGACGCUGGCGUUGAGGUCACUGUCGCCUGUCGCACCCUUGAACAUGCAAAGAAUCUAUGCGAAGGCAUCAAGAAUACACGGCCCAUCUCCCUCGAUGUCACCAGUGAAGAGGCACUUGACAGUGAGAUGGCCAAGACCGACCUUGCAAUCAGUCUGAUCCCGUACACCUUCCAUGCAACCAUUAUCAAAUCCGCAAUCCGAAACAAGAAGAACGUCGUGACCACCAGCUACGUCUCCCCUGCUAUGUUGGAACUGGAAGACAAGGUCAAGGAAGCGGGCAUUACGGUCAUGAACGAGAUUGGUCUAGAUCCGGGCAUAGACCAUCUCUACGCCGUCAAAACCAUUGAAGAGGUCCACAAAGCUGGUGGCAAGAUCAAGUCUUUUCUCUCAUAUUGUGGCGGCUUACCGGCCCCAGAAGCCAGUGGUAAUCCUUUGGGGUACAAAUUCUCCUGGUCGAGUCGAGGGGUCCUGCUAGCUCUCCGCAACUCGGCCAAGUUCUACGAAGAUGGCUCCAUCAAAGAGAUUGCUGGGCCCGACCUCAUGAGCAGUGCGAAGCCGUACUUUAUCUACCCUGGAUUUGCGUUCGUCGCAUAUCCGAACCGAGACUCCACGCCCUACCGAGAAAAAUACAAUAUCCCCGAAGCUCAGACAGUGAUCCGCGGUACGCUGCGGUACCAAGGUUUCCCCGAAUUCGUCAAGGUUCUGGUCGACAUUGGCUUCCUUUCAGAAGAAGAGCAAUCUUUCCUCAAACCAUCCGCUGACAACAAGCCUCUAACCUGGGCCGAAGCAACGCAGAAGAUCAUCGGAGCGACGAGCAGCAAGGAAUCGGAUCUUUCGUGGGCGGUCAGCUCCAAGACCACCUUCAAAGACACGCCCGAGAAACAACGCAUCAUAUCCGGAAUGAAAUGGCUAGGCCUGUUUUCAGAUAAGCCCAUCACACCCCGAGGAAAUCCGCUUGACACACUCUGUGCCACACUCGAGGAAAAGAUGCAGUACGAAAAGGGCGAGAGAGAUAUGGUCAUGUUACAGCAUAAAUUCGAGAUUGAGCAUAAAGAUGGAACCCUCGAGACCAGGACGAGCACUCUUUGUGAUUACGGGGACCCCAACGGGUACAGUUCCAUGGCGAAACUCGUGGGUGUACCCUGUGGGGUGGCCUGUUUGAUGGUGUUGGAUGGAAGUAUCAAAGAGAAGGGCAUCCUGGCACCGCUGAAGUGGGAGCUGGCGGGACCUUUGCUCAAGGAGUUGAAGGAGAAGUAUGGGAUCUUUUUGACAGAGAAGACGGAAGAAUAA